AAUCUUCAAUCCUAACCGUUGUCUUCAACCCCACGAAAUCAAGCACUCAUCCUCUCCUCGAUGGCCGACGAACGGAAGCCUUCGACGGAGGAUGAGCAGAGGCGUGGGUUCGACUUCGACGACGGUGCAUGAAGGCUGCAUUUGAGGCUGAGGCUUAGAUCUUGGUUCGGAACUUGACGUUGAAGAUUUGAUUCUUCAAUCGAAAUAUGCAGGUGGUAGAGAGGAAGCACCGUAUGUGGUAAUAGAGAUUCGAUUUCCGACUGGUCUCAGCUCAUUUGAUAGCCAGCUGCUUCUGCUACUUCGUCUCUUUUGUGGAAGAAACUAUGCAUGUGCCUUCGAAACGCUUUCUUUCUUCCAUUUCCAGAAGCUUCCACAUCCUAUCUGCUUCUUCUUCCCCUCGUCUCCUAUACCCACAACCUUCUCGUUCUCUAGCAUGCUCGUUCCUGUGUGCUCGCUCAGUUUCCUCCUCGCCCCAGCAAGAUCAAAACCUCGAACCCCGAUUCACAAACCCUAACCCUCGUACCAGAACACCAUUGGAGAAGCAAUUCGAGACAUGGGUUCAGAAGCUCAAACCCGGAUUUACUCCUUCUGAUGUCGACGAAGCCUUGCGUGCUCAAUCGGACGUUGAUCUCGCGCUCGACAUCUUCCGGUGGACUGCCCAGCAACGCGGGUAUAAGCAUACCAAUGUCACGUAUCUCACGAUGAUCAAGCAACUCAUCGCAGGUAGGCGGUAUCGACACGCAGAAACCCUGGUUGAGGAGGUAAUUGCCGGUGCUUGUGGUGCGAGUGUUCCUUUAUACAACUCUAUUAUUAGAUUCUGUUGUGGUCGGAAGUUCCUUUUUAAUCGCGCAUUCGAUGUGUACAAGAAAAUGUUGAAGUCCGAGGAUUGUAAGCCCACACUCGAAACUUACUCUUUGUUGCUCAAUUCGCUUCUCAGGAGGUUUAAUAAAUUGAAUGUGUGUUAUGUGUAUUUACAUGCCGUUAGAUCAAUGACCAGGCAGAUGAAGGCGUCUGGGGUUAUUCCCGACACUUUUGUGUUGAAUAUGAUCAUAAAAGCUUAUGCGAAGUGUUUGGAAGUUGACGAGGCCAUCAGGGUUUUCCGUGAAAUGGGAUUAUAUGGGUGCGAGCCUAAUGCUUAUACUUAUGGUUAUAUUGCAAAGGGUCUGUGUGAGAAAGGGAGGGUGAAUCAAGGCUUAGGGUUUUUUAAGGAAAUGAGAAGCAAGUGUUUGGUGCCAAGCACCAGUACGUAUAUGAUAAUCAUUUGUAGUCUUGCUUUGGAGAGGAGGUUUGAGGAUGCUAUUGAGAUUGUGUUUGACAUGUUGGGUAAUUCUAGGUCCCCUGAUCAUUUGACUUACAAGACUGUUUUGGAAGGAUUAUGUCGAGAAGGGAGAGGCAAUGAGGCCUUAGAAUUACUCGAUGAAUGGAGGAAGAGAGACAUUUCAAUGAAUGAUAAGACAUACAAGAUUUUGUUGAAUGGAUUGCACUUCCAUUCCCAAGAAUAGAUUCUUUUCUUGAUCCUCACCUCUGGUUUUAAGUCCAGAGGCGUGAGACUCUUCUGAUCUUGAAUUCAGUUUUUCUAACAUGCAACACUGUAAGUGCUUCUAAGCCACUAUUCUUGGAUUAGAGUGAUGGAUAGAGAAGCACGGUGCUUGCUGUGAGAAAUUCUUUCAACCUCUUGAAAUUGUCCGAAGCCCUUGGGGUUGUGGAGAAGAGGAGGACAUCAUUCAUUUAGUUCAGGAUUCAUCAUGUUAAAGAGAGAUCGAAGAAGAUUGUCUCACCGGAACUGUGGGAGCAGUUCUGCAGUUCACAAGGUAUUAGUUGGUUUGAGUGGAAUGCGAAAAGAGAGGCUCAGAGAUUGUUCACAAAAAAUUUACCUUGAAAAGCUGUAUUUGCUCAUAUAUGACAUUAAUGAAAGUAGUUAUUUGCUACUUUGAAGUCGUCCUUUAUCUUUAGGAGCAUUAUGGUCAUUUCAUGAAAAAAUUUGCUUAUGCGGUGGAAGUUUGAAAAAUGGGGAAGCUAGAUGGAUGGUGGGCAUUUGUGGUAAAAGUGUCCCUUUACCUCCAAUGAUCACCAAGAUUGAAGCUAUCCAGCGUGGACUUCAACUCUGCUGGGAAAAGAGGCUCAGAUUUCCAGCCUAAGAUAGGAUGAGCAACUACUAUCAGCAUGGUUGCUAGAGACUAUCUUAGUAGACACCCUUGUUUUGAUAUCGUUGAAGACGCGAGGCACCUCUUGAGCCAGAAUUGGAACGUUGCAAAUUAGGCUUUGUAUAUAGGGAGGAUAUGAAAGAAGUGGAAGCUUAGGCUAUUUGUGCUUUUAACUUGAAUAGUGUUUGUCAUAUCUAUGAGCGUCAAUGAUAGGUUUGGGGAAAAUGACUGAUGUUUUUUUCCUGUAAAUUUUGUCUCUCUUUUCUUUGUUCCCCUUGGUUGUAGCUUUGUGUUCUUAUUAAUAUUUUCACUCAAAAAAGGCUGCAAGAAGUUAAUGCUGCGAGUUUAGAAGAUGGACUGCUCGACUUAGGAUUAAAAGAAUGCGAACUGGAGUUUAUGUGUGUUAAAUUCUGAGUUUCAAAAUUAGUAAAAGCUUUGUGCCUUAUAUAUUUUUUA